CCCUCAUGCCCAGAGACACACAGGCCAACAUAAGGAGCUCGCGCUUUGCCUCUUCAAAAUAAUCACAACAGGCCCAACGCUGAAGAUGUUAACUGGAAAGAGACUUGUUGUUCCUGUCAUACCUCAGCAGUUCAGAAGACCCGAGGCGGCAGAAAGGAAGAAUUUAACCUGGAUGGUCCUGGCGUGUUCAAACGUUCCCAGCAUGACGAGGAGAUCCCCCUGAAGAGUUUCUGUCUGUGCAGCAGGAUGCUCAGCGUUGAUCUGGACGUGGUCCGUAAUGUUGACAGUCCUGGUGCACGUGUUCCUGGUGCUGCAUGCUGUUCAAUGUUUAGAGCCUGGAGCGCCUGUUCAUUCAGGUGCGCUGGACCUCCCAUGGCAGGAUGAGCUGUGCUGUGACUCACCUCCUGCUAAUGUUCAUGCGAAGGAAGGGAGAAGCCAAACUGAAAUAAACCUCCCACACCCUCCACUCUGCAAAUUAAAGAGCUCUACAGCAGAAUCGCAGCCUCCAAUGCCUCCAGGCGGCAGCUGUUUGGACAUACUGUGUGGAAUGGAUGAAAACUGGGCAAAUUUAACGUGUCAUCUUAAGUCCAAUGGCCAGUCGUCCAAAACCCUGAAGACCAACCAUACAGCAGUCAGCUUGCAGCAGCUCUCUCAGAACAACCGCACAGACCACCCUGCCUCUGAUCAUCAGGCUGUAUGUGAUGCAGAAGAGUCACUCGUGUGCUCAAUUCAUCUCAACUCAACAAGAGCGUUAGCUGUCCGGGUAACGGUCAACGUCUCCAGCGUUGCGGCUUCAACAGUUUUGCUCAGGGUUCCUCCCAGACCUGUCAAACCAAGUCCUCCAUUCAACCUGUCACACAUUCAGACUGUGGAGGCAGAGCUCAUUCUCAGCUGGAAAGCACCAUUAGACCUUAGUCAUGAUCUCCUGAGAUAUGAAGUUCGUUAUUUCUCACCGAAAACACUCCCACAGGUGGUGUCUGCACUUGAAAAGCCCAAUCUGUCACUGGACUUGAAACCCUCACAGAAGUACACCAUCCAGGUCCGCUGCACCACCCAAACCCAGCCUUCACUGUGGAGCGACUGGAGCCAGCCUUACCACAUCUACCUGCAAAAUGUGAGCUACAUCCCUGAAGAGGUGUUGGUGCGGCCGGGUGAGAAAGUAACGGUGUAUUGUGUGUUAAACGGCAACAGCACCAACGCAAGUAUGGCCAUGUGGUCCCUCAACGGGAUGGUGCCACUUGAUCCCAGUCUUUAUCGUCCCAUCAACGAGCGGGUCAGCCAGAUCACAUUCAAUGCCUCAAAGACUGGGAUGUAUGACGUGCUGAGGUGCACACAGAAGUGGACUAUUCCUUAUAGCCAGAUAAAUGUGGAAGGAGGUUUCAUCAACAUAACAUGUGUUACCAACGGUGACAUCGACACUAUGGACUGCAGAUGGCAGAAUGAAGAGUGGGCCGUGCUCAGAUUUCGAUCCAAGAGCGCUGAAAUGUCGUGUGAGGAGAUGAAGGAAAAAGAGAGAGGCGGCGAGGAUGUAGGUGAGAUGGGACCUGAAUGCAGUCCAAAGAAAUCUAAGGAGAAAGUCUGCUCUAUCCAUCCUUUGAAGAUCAGUUGCUACAAACUGUGGCUUGAGAUGCCGUCCAACCUGGGUCUCAUCAGGUGCAAACCUGUCUACGUGUCACCCAUAAAUCAUGUGAAGGCUAACCCUCCCACUGACGUGAUGGCGGUGAGUCGGAGCGGUGGGAUCCUCAGGGUCUCUUGGAGCCCUCCUCUUCUACCGGCUGAGGGCCUCCAGUGUCAGUUUCGGUACCACUCACUCAGCGUGAUAGAGAAGUGGAAGUUUGAGGAGCCUGUGAGGGUUCCCUGGGCAGAGGUCAAGGUGCCAGACAUGUGUCAGGUCUACGUGGUUCAAGUACGCUGCAUGCACACCAGUGGGAUCGGAUACUGGAGCGAAUGGAGUGACGCCGUCCACUCCACCAAUCAAAGCACCAGAGCUCCUGAACGUGGGCCUGAUUUCUGGAGAAUGUGUCAAGACGAUCCAUACAGAAACCAGUCUAACAUCACUCUACUAUUUGAGUCUUUCCCAAGAAAUUGGAACUCCUACUGUGUGGAUGGAUUUAUUGUCCAGCACCAGGCCUCUAACGGGUCUAUACUGAGGAAGCAGAUCAAUACGGUGUCCUCCUACAGCUUUGAGUGGAAUCGGGAUUUUCAUGUCGUGACCGUGGAGGCCUACAACAGUCUGGGGAGCUCCGUUAACAACGUCAACAUGACGCUGGAGAAACAACCUAAACGCCGCUGUGUGCAUUCAUUCCACGUUUCAGUUAUAAACAGCACCUGUGUGUCACUGUCCUGGAGCCUGUUGCAUAUCAGCUCGGUCCCCCUGUUCAUGGUGGUUCAGUGGUUCCCAACGAAGCAGCAGGACACUGAAGACUUUGGUCUGAGUGGGCAAACCUGGGCCAGACUGCCCUACACCAGUCUCCCUGCCCUUUUACGAGGAGAUUUUUUUAGCUCCAAGGAAUACGCCUUCCACUUAUAUCCUGUGUUUGCUGAUGGAGAAGGGGAACCGAUGUUUGCAUUAGUCAAGGCAGGGAAACCUCCAGCCUACUUGAUGCUGAUGUUCAUCUCCUUCCUUUGCAUUGGCGUGUUUGUGACCUUGGCUCUCUCCCAAAACCAGAUGAAAAAAAUCGUGUGGAAGGAUGUUCCAAACCCGAACAAAUGCUCAUGGGCUAAGGCGCUUGAUUUGAAAACGAUGGACAGAUUCGAGUACCUGUUCCAGCCCGCCGAAGGUCUGCAAGCUUUGUCGCUGCCCCCUGAGAAGAUCUCUAAAGUUAUUGUUGUGAACAAAGCUCUGACAGAGGCCUUGGUCCAGACCCCAAAGUCCUUGCCUCCUGAGUCUGUUGUUGCUUUGACUAAUUCCUUUCUGCCAUGUUCAGACCCAAGGACUGACCAGUUGCUGGAGUGUGAGACCGUCCUUAGAGGAGCCAUUAGUUCAGAUUCCCUGACUACUUCAAACAAAACCAAUAAUAAACUACAAGCAGUCGAUGGCUUGGGAGAGCAGGGUUCAGGAACCAGUAACAGCUCUGCCCGGUCUUCAGUGACGUACACCAAGGUCUUAGUCACCGAUGCAAAUCAGGAUCAUCCGCCUCUUCAUCUCCACUACAAAGAGGGAAGUGGGUGCAGCUCCAGCGACGAGGGAAACUUCUCAGCAAACAACUCAGACACCUCUGAAUCGUUCCCUGGUGGCCUGUGGGAACAGGACAGCUGCCGAGGUACAGAAUCUGAUGACGCAAGGCACUCCUGCUCUUACAACUCUGUAAAGGAGCUUUCCGAAACAUCAGAGCAAGAGGAUGAAGUAGACAUAAGGCAAGAGAAGCCUCUGUACUAUCUCGAAAUUGGACAUCCACCAGAUGAUGAGGAAAGCGAGGCAGAGAAGCCAAAGACUGAGCUCCUGAAAAGUGUGCAUUUGAACAGAGAAGACUGUCCUGUGGAGUUGCAUCCUCUGCUUAGCCCGGAGGAGUCGAUGGAUGCCAGCAUGCACCUGCAAGCGACAACUUGCAGCUUUGCCUCGCUGUACAUGCCUCAGUAUCGGAAGACGGAAGUAAAUCACAUCCCAGACACGUGACAGCCAAACCUCAGCUCUUAUUAAAUGGUGCACCGUUGUGUUGUGAACAGAGUCAUGCUUUGCCAUUUAAAACAGUGUUCCUACUCUGGAGAAGCCUGAAAGUUUGACAUGGAAAAUGAGUAGGAACCCUGUUACCAAAGCCAAUCAUUCGCUCUCUGUGCACGUUGUAAGCUAUAA